AUGCGGCUGCCCAGCAUGUCCGGGAACUUUCUGCUCGCGCCCAUCCCGGAGGCCUCUUCGGACUGCCUCCUGCCCAAGGAUAUCAAACUGGCGGUGUUGGGCUCUGGCCGCGUGGGCAAGAGCGCAAUGAUUGUGCGCUUCCUGACCAAGAGAUUCAUUGGCGACUAUGAACCUAAUACAGGCAAGCUGUAUUCCCGACUCGUCUGUAUUGAGGGAGACCAGUUAUCCCUGCAGAUCCAGGACACCCCGGGAUGCGGAUGCGUUCAGGUGCAAGACAGUCUCCUCCAGGCUGUUGACCCCCUGUCCAGAUGUGUGCAGUGGGCGGAGGGCUUCCUACUGGUCUACUCCAUCACAGACUACAGCAGCUACCAGUCCAUCCGGCCUCUGUACCAGCACAUCCGGAAGGUCCACCCUGACUCCAGGGCCCCUGUCAUCAUUGUGGGUAACAAGGGGGACCUGUUGCACGCCCGGCAGGUGCAGACGCACGAUGGCCUUCAGCUGGCCAACGAGCUGGGUAGCGUGUUCCUGGAGAUCUCCACCAGUGAGAACUACGAGGACGUCUGUGAUGUGUUCCAGCACCUCUGCAAGGAAGUGAGCAAGCUGCACAGUCUGGGAGCGGAGAAGAGACGCGCCUCCAUCAUCCCUCGGCCACGCUCGCCUAACAUGCAGGACCUGAAGCGGCGCUUCAAGCAGGCGCUGUCAUCCAAAGUCAAGUCCCCCUCUGCCUCGACGGUGGGGUGA